UUCGCAGUUCCUGUUUUCCUAUUCGGAUCUGCGUCGUUGCUCGCGGGGCUCCUGGCUCUCAAACUUCCGGAAACGAAUAACCGGAAACUGCCGGAGACGCUCGAGGAUGCCGAGCUUUUCGGGAAGUUUAUUUCGCAGAAGCUCGUUGGAACGUUCCAGAGCCGAAAUGGACCACUUUCAGCCAAUGCUAGCGCGUCCAAGUCUGAAGACGAAGCAGCUCCCAAGGAAGACGGAAUUGCACAAGACUCAUCAACUGAAAUUUAGAAUUAUUCUGCAAAAAAGCAUUUGUAUGCGAAAUCUCACUCCAACUAAUAAAAGCACAAACUUUCGAUCAAUUGCUUUUUCGCUGUUCUCCUUUUCCGGCUGCGAGAUGGAUGCGAAGAACCGUUAUUCAGAAAAGCUGGAAUCAUUAUUUUUUCAAAACGUCGGAGGUUAAAUUGAUUUUGAUUUAGUUUCAUCAUCUUAUCUGAAUUUUUCCUUCGAUUUUGAUUUUAAUUACAGCGCGUUAAUCGACGUUUUCCAACCUUUGGAUUACUAUUCUGCGAAAAUGCCUGCGCUAGGAUGAAACAGAUUUGAAUUUCCGCAGUCGGUAUUGUUUUUCUUAUAAAUUUAUUUCUGCAAUCUGAGCGACUAAUUAAAAAAGAAGAGUCCUGGCUGAGCCAGUUAAUGAUUAAAACGUAUCUCACCAUUCUCCUCUGAAGUUCAUUUCGCAACAUUCGCGCAGGAAUUUUUUUUAUUUUUACGAAAACAGGCUAAAACAAAUUCUCAGUGCAACCCAGAGACACGGAAAUGAAACCCAGUUCCCGACUUUCUGACAUCUCGAGCGUUCCAUAUAUUUCACGCGCAGUGGGCCAAGUGAACGAAUGAUACGACGCUGCUUUAAAUUCCCCGUGGUACUGAGGGUGAUUGUUGCAAUUUUCCAACGGGAGUCCCCGAGGCAGUAAAACCCCCCAGCACCCGGGAAAAUUCCGCCCGGGUUCGGGCGAGAUUGCGGCCGGGGGGCCUUGAGUGUCAGUCAUUCCGCGGGAUUAUGCCCGAGCUGGGAACCCGCCGAAUGGCCCUUCCAGGCUCUGCAGAAUCCCUGCGUGAAGGAACGGAAAACGGCCACGUGUCAAUGGAAGAUCCGGAUGUAAAAAUCUUUUCUAGGCUUCCUGCGCAAAAAUAAAAUAAAACCGGAAGGGUCACGGGGAUGGGCGAACGCGCUUUCAAUCCCGUUGGAUCUUUGUCUGAAUUUCCGAACGUUUGGGAUUUUUCUUCUUCAGGAUUUUAACAUUUAAGAAGGCGUAUCUUUUACUUAUUUUUUUGUUGGCAUCGUCAUUUCCGGUUGACGCGAAAAAGGAAAAUUCGACAGGAGUCGAUCGUUUUCUGGAUAUGGCGGUUCCGCGAAAUUGAACUGAGCCUGUCUCGUGGAACCUCACGAAGAAAAUAUUUCAGGCCUUUUCAUAGACUCGAAGACUAAAGGGUGUCAAAAAAAAAAUGCCAAGGAGAAAGUUUUGUCGCAGCGAGAAUAAUGUCGGGGCACAGUAACUUUUUUUAAAGCGCUUUGUCUGGCUUGGAAAGCUUUCUGCAAAAAACCCGAUUUAGGCGAGGUAUAUUUUUCUAUGAUUAUGUUGUUUUUUUCUAUCAUUUAUGACCCGUGAAAUUCUUUAGUUUGAUUUUUUGGGCCCACAUUUCUUCACUAUAAAAAUCUUAUUUAAAGUCAUUUUUAACUCUCGUGUACUUGGAACUGCAUAUUUUUUCGUCCGUAACCUUUUCUUCAGAGUUUUUCCUCCCGUGUGGAUUUUUCGGAAUUCAAGAAUUUUUUGAUGGCACUGACUGAAUAAUUUUUGCAAAAAUGACCACCAAAAGAAGGAAGGUCCUUCAGAAAAUGGGUUCCACUUCUGGGUGCAUUUUCGGAGGCAAGGAAAAAGUUCCUCGCUCACAUCUGCUGGUUCGCAAACUUUUCAAACACUAAACAAUCUAUGGAAAAACAUAGAUGAAUUCCAGUUUUCCCGACACAAUUUUGAAGUUCAAGCGG